CAUCCAUCCGUUUCUGUCGAAGAGUUACAAAAGCCCUAACCUAGCAAUCGUAACUAUAAACAAAAGAGUUUUGAUAUUCUUCCAACUUAAAGUCCCAACCCCUCUCUCGGUUUGUAAUCUUUUGUCUUCCGCCUGCACAUAUUUGAAGAAAUCUUCAACUUUUGCUAAGGUUUGAGUUGUUGAAAACUGUGGGAUUUUUGUUUUAUUCCCAAUCAUGGCAGUUCGUCUUCAAUUUGAGAACAACUGUGAAGUUGGGGUGUUUUCUAAGUUGACAAAUAAGUAUUGUUUGGUCGCAAUAGGAGGAUCAGAGAACUUCUACAGUACAUUCGAGUCCGAGUUAGCUGAUGUUAUCCCUGUGGUGAAAACCUCUAUAGGAGGUACAAGGAUUAUUGGGCGUCUAUGUGCAGGAAACAAGAAUGGUCUUCUAGUGCCACACACUACUACUGACCAAGAGCUUCAACAUUUGCGGAACAGUAUACCGGAUGAAGUUAUUGUUCAGCGUAUUGACGAAAGACUGUCUGCGUUGGGGAAUUGCAUUGCUUGUAACGAUCAUGUUGCUCUUACUCAUACUGAUCUCGACAGGGACACGGAGGAGAUUAUUGCGGAUGUCCUUGGUGUUGAAGUGUUCAGGCAGACAAUAGCUGGAAACAUUCUCGUUGGCAGUUACUGUACCUUCUCUAACAAAGGUGGAUUGGUUCAUCCACAUACAUCCGUUGAAGACUUGGAUGAACUUUCAACUCUUCUUCAAGUCCCUCUGGUGGCUGGUACUGUCAAUAGAGGUAGCGAAGUCAUUGGUGCUGGUAUGAUAGUCAAUGACUGGGCUGCAUUUUGUGGUUCAGACACCACAGCUACUGAGCUAUCUGUCAUCGAAAGUGUGUUUAAAUUGAGAGAGGCUCAACCUAGCUCCAUUCAUGAUGAGAUGAGGAAAUCUUUGAUUGACAGCUUUGUUUGACCUUUUAAAAGUGCAAGUCCUUGGAUAGGACUUAUGCCCGUUAAGUUAACGUCUUUUGCUUUCUUGUUCUUUCGAGAAAGAAAUGGAAACCUUCUGAUAGUGUAGUUCCUACUUUGUACAAUGUGGAAAGUACUUUAUUAAAAUCCGUUAGGAUUAUGUUGACAGGCCAAUUCGGUAUCAGUGAACCGUUUUUGUUUAGUUUUUGAAUCUUAUAUAAAAAAGUGUAAUGUAUGUCCUGGUUCCCCCCACUUAGC